AUGAGCCGCCAAUUCAGCUCUCAGUCUGCCUUUAGCUCGAGGAGCAGGCGAGUUUGUAGAAUCAGCUCCUCUGCAGGCUCUGGUGGUGGGGGUAGGGGUGUGGGGUCUGUGUGUCAGGCCCGAGGGAAGUGUGGCGGUGGCGGAUGUGGGAUCCACGAGAGGGGGUUUGGCUCCAGGAGCCUCUACAAUCUGCGUGGCAGUGAGAGCAUCUCCAUUAGCCUAGUGGGGAGGGGCGCCAGUGGUCUCCACCAGGGUAGGGGAACAGGAGGAAGGUUUGGAGGGUGCAGAGGCUUCGGGGGUGGCAGCUUUAGGAGUGGUGGCUUUGGGGGCGGUGGCUUUGGAAGUGGUGCCAAUGGAGGGGGUGGUUUGGGGGGUGCUGGAUUUGGCGCUAGCAAUUUUGGGCUCGGGGGUUUUGGUCCUCCUUGUCCUCUGGGAGGUAUCCAAGAGGUGACCAUUAACCAGAGCCUCCUAGAGCCACUUAACUUGGAAGUGGACCCUGAAAUUCAGAGGGUCAAGGCCCAGGAGCGAGAGCAGAUCAUGGUCCUCAACAACAAGUUUGCCUCCUUCAUUGACAAGGUGAGGUUCCUGGAGCAGCAGAACCAGGUGCUGCAAACAAAAUGGGAGCUGCUGCAGCAGGUGGACACCUCCACGCGGUCCAGCAACCUGGAGCCCCUCCUGCAGAACUAUAUCAGCCAGCUGCAGAGGCGGGUGGAUUUUCUCAAUACGGAGCAGAUGCGCCAGAACACGGAGGUCAGGAGCAUGCAGGAUGUCGUGGAGGACUACAAGAACAAGUAUGAGGAUGAAAUCAAUAAGAGAACGAGCCGUGAGAAUGACUUUGUCGUUCUGAAGAAGGAUGUGGAUGCUGCUUACAUGGACAAAGUGGACCUGCAGUCCAAGGUGGACGUUCUGACCGGGGAGGUCGACUUCCUGAAAUACUUUUUUGAGACAGAGCUGUCCCAGAUGCAGACCCACAUCAGUGACACCAAUGUCAUCCUGUCCAUGGACAAUAACCGCUUUCUGGAUCUGGACAGUAUCAUUGACGCUGUGCGGAUUCAGUACGAGCUGAUAGCGCAGAAGAGCAAGGAAGAGGCAGAGGAGCUGUAUCAGACCAAGUGCCAGGAACUCCAGGUCGUGGCAUGGAGACACGGAGAUGACCUGAAGAACAGCAAGAUGGAGAUUACUGAGCUCAACCACACCAUUCAGAGGCUACAGGCAGAGAUUAGCAACAUGAAGAAGCAGAAAGACCAGAUGUACUCAGCCAUUUCGGAUGCAGAGGAGAGAGGACAGCAGGCCCUCCAGGACGCGCAGAAGAAGCUGCAAGACUUGGAAGAGGCCCUGCGGCAGGGCAAGGAGGAGCUGGCCCGGCUGCUGCACGACUACCAGGCAAUACUGGGAAUCAAGUUGUCCCUGGACGUGGAGAUCGCUAUGUACCGCCAGCUGCUGGAGGGCGAGGAGAGCAGGAUGUCAGGAGAGCUGCAGAACCACGUGAGCAUCUCGGUGCAGAACAGCCAGGUGACCGUCAGCGGCGCGGGGGGCGGCGGCAGAGGUUACGGCAGAGACGGUGGCAGAGCUUAUGGAGGAGCAGGAGGGUCUCGAGGCGGCAGCGGCAGCGGUUACGGGCGAGGCGGCGGCGGGAGCUCCGGAGCAAGCAGCGGCGAGCAGGGCGGCGGCAGAAGCCGUGGGUCGCCGCGCCUGCAGAUCUUCAGGACGUCCACCAGCACCUCGUACAAGCACACCCUGGAGUAG